GGCGCGGUCCCGAGUCAAGUGGGCCGCAUCCCACUUCUCUUCCUUCCUUCCUUUCGCACAUCGCUUGGCUCGAAGAUUUGUCGUCAUUACCUUUAGACUGCAGGCGUUCUUGCUCUCUGUCGCUCACUUCAGAUAUGUACCCCAAUACAACAUUUAUCGCAUGAUAUUAUCUGGCCUGGAUACGGUGUACCACUCGUAUUGCGACAGUGUCACUUGCAAAUCUUUACCCCUCAGGGCCUCAAUCCGGACAGCCUCAAUAGGAAUGAUAUAGUCGUAUGAUAUUGCGCAGCCUAUACACCCAUUAGAAGACGCUUGUCUCGAUCGCCCCGUCACCACGAUGCAGUUAUUAGAAGGCCUUUCGUACUUGUUCGGCUGGUUAUACACCAUCGCCUGGUCCUGUUCCUUCUACGGUCAGCCCAUGCUGAACUACAGCCGAAAGUCCACGUCAGGCACGACGGUAGACUUUCCAUUUAUCAACACAUUUGGCUUCACGGCCUACGUAGUCUCCAACGCAGCCUUCUACUGGUCUCCCGUCAUCCGAGCACAAUACGCCCAGCGCAACCACAACCUGACCCCGACCGUCACAUUCAACGAUGUCGUUUUCGCGGGCCACGGUCUCCUCCUCUGCAUCAUCACUACCUCGCAAUACUUCUUCCCGCGCGUCUGGGGCUUCGACCGGUCUCCAGGCACCAAGCCUUCCCGCUCCAUGCUCGGUGUCGGCUGCGGCUCCAUCUUCGCCGUACUGGUAUUAAUCUUCAUGGUCAUCGGCUCGUACCCGGCAACCUCGGACCCUCAAACAUCCUGGGCCUGGCUCGACGUCGUCUACAUGAUCUCGUACGUGAAGCUGCUCGUGACACUUAUCAAAUACUUCCCGCAGCUCGUGUACAACUUCCGCAACCAGAGCACGAAGGGGUGGUCUAUAUCGCAGAUCCUGCUCGACUUCACCGGCGGUGUGCUGAGUAUUGCCCAGCAGUCCAUCGACUCGUGGCUGCUUCGAGAUUGGAGCGGGAUUACGGGGAACCCGGCCAAGUUUGCGUUGGGGAAUAUCAGUAUGAUUUACGAUGUGUGCUUCAUCACGCAGCAUUUUGUUUUGUACAAAGAGGCGGACGAUUCUGGGCCUAAAGAUAGAGAACGAGAUGCGUUACUUGAGAGUGGGGAGGGUAAUGCGAAUGAAAAUGCUAGGAGGCUGGAUUAGAGGGCUGCCUGCUUUCGCGAAGGCGGGGAGUAAGGUCAAAGUACUGUUUUGUGAAUAAAUUAAGUUGGGGACUAUAUAGAUGGAUACCAUAUUAGAAUCUAGCAUAUCCACUCAGGUAUAUCAAUUGGCAAGGGGCUGGGGGAUUUAAAACUGACCCAAUUCCAGAGGCACAAUUUACUGGGAGGAAUCUUAUUUUCUCAUAAUUGUCUUUCUAGAAGUAGUGCAGGUACAAGGCGGCAGUCUACGCAGGGGGUCGUGGCUACGCGCCCAUGUUUUAAUGCGUUAUCGAUCUUCCAUCUUUGAC